CAAUUUGUUUUGCUUUUCUUUCUUUUUUAUACAAUUUCCUUUAUAAAAAAUGGAACUUUUUUUGGUUAUAUGGUAAAUUACACAUUGCCGUCUCCUCCUAAUAAUCCUCUUUUCUGUUCCCAUUUGUGUUGUUGUUGGUUGUGGCUUUUGCUUCCUUCCUUUUUCCUCAUUCUCUCUUCCUUCCCUUCCUUCUCCUCCUCUCUCCACAAAGCGUCUCCCCCAUUAGGCACAUUGUUGAGAGCAGGGAAGUCUCGUGAGUUCUCUUCCCUCGAGUGUAACUGUGGUUAACGCUUAGCCAAGAUGCAGGGAGAGAGGGCCAGUCUUGGCUAUUUAUCAGAGGCCUUGAAUUUUGAGCAUGGUUCUUCUUCGAGUAAUGGUGUGAUAGGUCAUUGGGAGAAUAUUCACAGUCUUGGUGAUAAUGACUUGCAGGAUUACAUGAUUGCAAACUCUGAAUCAAACGCUUCGCUUGCAAACUCAGUUUAUCGUGAGCAGCAGGAUUUACGCAGAUUUGGCCACGGUGAGGCUAGCUCUAGUGGCACAAAGGAUGAACCUGCCAGUCACAAUGAGCAAAGAAUGGAAACUAGAUGCUUUGACGGACGAAGGAAUGAAAUAAUUGAUUUAGAUCCAGUGUUUGGGCAACCAUCAGGCACAAAUCAACCUGUUCAGAAUGUCAAUCUGAAUGCAGAAUAUAUAGAAAUUCAUGAUGAUAUUAGUCCAUAUAGGGGUCGGUCUGGUUUCUUAGAAGCUAAUGGACCAGGGACCAGGGUUUCACAACCAGUCAGAUCUUUUGAAGAGAACAGUCUUGGAACAGGUUCUUCUGUAGAGGGUCGUCGUAUGUCGAAUUUAUCAAGACUCUUACCAGGAAAUCAACAUUCAUUAGACCUGAGACCUGGACAGUCAUUUGUCUUUUCUCGUAGCCCAAAUGCGCCUGCUGUGGGAAUACCACCUGUGUCAAGGACCAUGCUACCACCAUUUCAGUGGACUGAGGGCUCACUAGCGGGUGGAACAUCGAACUCUACUGCGCCUGUUGAGAGAAAUCUUCAUCUAGAUGAAACAAGGACGAGAAGCACAUCCGGGAAUAUUCAAGAGAAUCUCAUGUUUGUUCCAGGUCCUGAACUCAGAAAUUUGGCCCGUAGUCAGAGUAACAGAAAUGUAACAAGUGGAAACCUGAAUAUUGCAUCAUCAUUGCCUAGGACAGGCUCAACAACAGGUGUUCCAGCACCAUCUUCUAACCUAGCGUGGACUCCUUACCAUAGUUCACCACAUUAUCAAAGAAGAAGGUCAGAAAGGUCUGAACUUGUCCGUAGGUCCUUGCUUUCUUCCCUUGCAGUAGAUGCUACAAACCAGAGAUCUGGUGAUCAUCCAACACUUCGUCCGUUGUCCCCUCCUGCCCCUCCGGAUGGGCUUGUACUUCAGCCGGGUGGUGAUAAUAGUCAGAUGCAUAAUCGGGCUUACGCGAGAGCAGGUCCGUGGUUUGAUAGGCAAGGCGAUAGUGUGGUUGGUAUUCCUCAUUCUUUGCGGGCCUUGGCAGCUGCAAGCAGAGGAAGAAGCAGACUUAUGGUGUCCCAGAUGCAGAAUGUGUUGGAUGUCAUGCGUAGGGAUGCUAAUAAUAACUUGCGGCUUGAGGACGUCAUGCUUCUAAAUCAGUCAGUGCUGUUUGAUGGGGCUGCUGGUAUUCAUGACCGAUAUAGAGACAUGCGGCUUGAUGUAGACAACAUGUCAUAUGAGGAAUUGUUGGCACUAGAAGAGCGGAUUGGAGAUGUUUGUACGGGUGUAAACGAGGAAACCAUAUCAAACCGGUUAAAGCAACGAAAGUACAAAAGCAACACAAAGUCUCCACAAGAUGCAGAGCCAUGCUGUAUUUGUCAGGACGAAUAUACUGAAGGAGAAGACAUGGGGACACUAGAAUGUGGGCACGAGUUCCAUAGCCAAUGCAUAAAAGAAUGGCUGAAACAGAAGAAUCUUUGUCCAAUCUGCAAGACCACAGGCUUGAAUACCGCCAAGAAGCGGAGGAUAGGAUGAUGAUGAUAUCUCAAGAGAAGCUUCUUUUUUUUUUCUUUAACAAUUCAUUUUAUAAUCAAAAAAUGAAAGAAACCGAAGACACCCUCAAGCCCCCCACCACACCACCAUUGCAGAGCCAGGCAAGUUGGUUCCCAAUUUUUUUUUUUUUUUUAAAAUAGAAUUUGUUCGUAUUUAUAUAAGCUGAGUAUGGAAGAUGGAAAGAUUUGGAUUGAAGGCAAAGAUGGAGGGUUGAUAGGGAAAUGUUGUUUUUCUUUUUCUGGAUUUGUUUGGAUAAUUUAAUUCUACCCAUUGUCAAUUAAGUUUAUGAAACCUUUUGAAAGAAGCAGGAAGUUGAAUCGGCCGAUUUUGAGAUUAUACAUCGAUUGAAAGCCCAUAUAUAUUGUUUUGGGUUACUGGCUUUGGUUGUCUUUUAGUUUGCACUAUACAGUUUGGCUACAAUGAUUUCAGGGUGCAAAUUGUUGCAAUUUUAAAGGAACAAAUUCGAGGUGAA